AUGCUUCUCUCCGUCCUCUUGACGCUCCCCGCCCUUGCGGCCGCCCACUCGAGCUGGUACCAGCCCCGCGACUCGCCUGUCCACGACCUGUUCAAGCGCCAGAACAACGGCACCAAGCCUGACUGGAAGACCAACGCUGACGGUUGGCGCGCGACCUACCCCGAGCAGUGGAAGGUCCCCCCUGUCGAGACCAUCCCCAAGGAGUGGACCGACAAGCUCAACUCUAUCAAGCUCCCCGAGGGCUGCCCCGUCGCCAACAAGAAGGGCGGCUCGUCCAUCACCUACCCCGACAACAAGGACGGCAACUCCCCGGAGAUCUGCUCGUUCACCUACGGCUGCCACAACGAGCAGGACGUCUUUGCCGGCCCUGACGGCGUCUUCGUCCUGACCUUCGACGACGGACCCACUGAGGCCUCGCCCAAGCUCUACGACUUCCUCAAGCAGAACAACAUCACCAAGGCCGCCACCCACUUCUACAUUGGUGGCCAGGUCAUUGCCCUUCCCCAGUCUGCCCGUGAUGCCUUUGACAACGGUGGCCACCUCGCCGUCCACACCUGGUCGCACCAGAUGACCUCGACCCUUUCCAACGAGCAGGUUGUUGCUGAGCUCGGCUGGACCAUGCAGGCUAUUUACGACGUUACCGGACGCCUUCCUCUCUUCUGGCGCCCUCCUUACGGCGACACUGACAACCGUGUCCGUGCCAUCGCCAAGGAGGUCUUCGGCAUGAUCCCCGUUCUCUGGAACAAGGACACCAACGACUGGCAGAUUGGCGAGAAGCAGGACCACACCGUCGACUCGGUCACCAACGAGAUGAAGGGAUGGUUCCACGAGGACAAGAACCCCGGUAUCGUCGCCCUUGAGCACGAGCUCAACGACCAGACCGUCCAGGUCUUCCUCAACGUCUACCCUGAGGCUUCGCAGACCGGCUGGAAGUUCCUCUCUGUCGCCGACGCCUUUGGCUUCAACUGGUACCAGAACUCCAAGACCAACGCCGACGAGGUCUUUGACAAGAACCUCAAGGUCGGCCAGCCUGGCACCAUCCUCUACCAGAACCAGACCACCUCUACCGCUGCUCCCCAGCCCUCUGGCUCUGCCAACGCCACCACUGGCGCCAACAACGGCACUGCCCACCACAACUCGUCGUCGUCGAACGGCGGUGCCGUCAACAAUGCCAACGGCACUCAGCCUUCGGCCAAGCCCUCCGCUGACGGCAAGUCGGCCGCUGGCGCCCUCACCGCUUCGGUCGCCGGCGUCGCUGUCGCCGCCGUUGCCGCCGCGCUCUCCAUGUAA